AUGGCUCAUCUCAAUCCUCAUCGCAAAGACCUCAAGAGACGGAACAAGGACAUUGAUCUCGACAACUUUCGGUCGGAGAAGCGGUUCAUCUCACAGCAGAUCGCCAACGAGAUCCUGGAUCUCAAGCUGGCCACCGGGGAAGACGUCGAGAACUCGCUGUGGGUCUCGUCCCUGGAGCGGGCAAAGCGGCGGCUGACGCCGCAGCACGGCCGGUUUGCUCCGCGCUCGCACUCGUAUUCGCCUGGCCCACCGUCGCAGCGGCGAUUCGAGCUGGCCGCCCCGUCGUUUACCUACCGCAAUCCCUCGCGCGAGACGACGCCGCUGACAGCGGCGCUCACCCGCUCGCUCGGCCACGCCCGCGAGACGACGCCGUCGGUUGCGCUCGAGGCAACCCGGCGCCGCGGCUCGACAUUGCUCGGUGCGCUCCCGAGCCGGCUGCGCCGGAUUGCCGAGGACGAGCGUCCGACACGUCUGGCGUGA